GUGGUCCAAAACUCCAAAUCCUUGAGGAUAAGAAAACCGCUCUCUCUCUCUGUCUCUCGCAUCCAUGCCAAUGCCUUUGAAGCGUUAGAAGAAGAAGAAGAAGAAAGACAUGUCAAUCCUAUCAGUUUCAUCAUCAUCCUCAUCAUCCGCAGCCGUUGGAUUAUUUAAUUCCCACAUACCCGCCCUUCCCAAUGCCUCAUUUCUCACCCCACUCCCACUCCCACUCGUUGGGGCUCACCCAGCAAAUGACCAGAAGAAUAAGAAGAAGCAGAAGUGGAGCGCUGCCGCCGCCAUUGGAGGAGGAGUCAUGGCCACCAAGCUCACAGUCCUCAGGACCCCACACACUCUUUUCUGUGAUGAAUUGUUUAAACACAGUAGCUUCCAAGCAAAAACUAGAGAUCCUCUGUGUUUCCGGGCACAAUAUAUCUUAUCCACUACAUCACAUUCAACAUCAACAGCAACAACUACAGUGCUUGAUAUGGAGAGGCUCAGAUUACCGUCUUUAGAAGUUAAUUCUGAUUCUCUGGCUUCAAGUAGACCGUGGACAUACACAGGGGCAAUCGGUCCUCCGACUGAGGCGAAUUUUGGAGCAACUUUAGCUACAGAAACUCUUCUUAUGAGUGAAGAGGCUGUAAUAGAAGCUGCUGCCGCUGAAGCUGUCACUCUUGCAAAAGCAGCACUGAAGGUUGCAAAGGAUGUGGCUAUACUGGUUAGCAGUAGCACUAAUCACUCUGCUAAACCAGAAAGUUCAUCUCCAGUUUCUCCAGAGACUAAAGCUUUGCAUUUCAAUUGGGCUCAGCAUAUGGAAACCAAACAGGUUUCUAGAGUAGGAGCUUCCAUGGGAGCUGAAACUGCAUUUGUGGAAGAUCAUUUCAUUCAAUCUGCAAUAAAAGAGUUGGAAGAAUUGGAGCGAACAAAUGAAGAAUUUGAACUUCUGCAGGAGCAACUUUCCAAGGGUAUAACUGCAAAAUCGAGUCGUCAAACGGAAAGGAAGGCCAGAAGAGCAAAAGCAGCAGAAAAGGCUGCUGCAAGUGUUGUGUCCAUGAAGUCUGGUUCAGCCACUAGAAAAAAGCGUUCUUCGGUACAAGAAAUAGACCACUCUGAUCCAUUGCGUUACUUGAGAUCAACUACCCACACUUCUCGCCUUCUGACUGCAAACGAAGAAAUUGAGCUUUCUGAAGGAAUCCAGGAACUACUGAAACUGGAAAAGCUGCAUGAGGAGCUUGCACAAAGAUGUGGUGGUCAGCCCACCAUUGCACAAUGGGCUGCAGCAGCAGGAGUUGAUCAGAAGACUUUGAGGAAGCGUGUAAACUAUGGUAUUCUGUGCAAAGACAAAAUGAUCAAGAGCAACAUAAGGCUUGUAAUAUCAAUUGCAAAAAAUUAUCAGGGAGCUGGGAUGAAUCUUCAAGAUCUUGUGCAGGAAGGAUGUCGAGGCCUUGUAAGAGGUGCAGAGAAAUUUGACGCUUCAAAGGGUUUUAAGUUCUCAACCUAUGCACACUGGUGGAUUAAACAGGCUGUUCGAAAAUCUCUUUCUGACCAGUCCAGAACAAUUCGCUUACCCUUUCACAUGGUGGAGGCGACAUAUAGAGUUAGAGAGGCUAAAAAGCAACUGUACAGUUUAAAUGGAAGACAUCCUAACGAUGAAGAAGUCGCAGAGGCAACAGGGCUGUCGAUGAAAAGGCUUUCUGCUGUAUUACUGACUCCAAAAGCCCCUAGAUCUCUGGAGCAGAAAAUUGGAAUCAACCAGAAUCUAAAACCUUCGGAAGUAAUCUCAGAUCCCGAUGCAGAAACAGCAGAAGAUCUGCUGAUGAAAAAAUUUAUGAAGCGGGAUUUGGAGAAGGUACUAGAUAGUCUCAAUCCUAGAGAGAAGCAGGUUGUCAGAUGGAGGUUUGGAUUGGAGGAUGGAAGGAUGAAGACACUGCAAGAGAUAGGGGAGCUGAUGGGAGUUAGUAGAGAGAGAAUUAGACAAAUAGAGUCAUGUGCAUUCCGAAAACUGAAGAACAAGAAAAGAACGAAACAUUUACAGCAGUACGUGGUUUCAUAGGCCGAUGUCAAUAUGGUGGUUAAAUUGCAAAUUUAGUAAGUAGUUCAUUUGAGGUUCAUACGGCGCAUCUUCAUUUUCAUCUAUAUUAUGGCUUCGCUUUCCAUGUCGCCAAGUGGAAAUGUACUCUUUUCACUUUUUUGUAACACGAAAGAAUAUUUGUGCAUAGAAAGUUAGAAACAGAAAUUUUGGAUGAAGCAUUUCAAAUUCUUUUAAUGUAUCAAAGUAAUUAAAAGUAAAUUCAUAUGAACAAUCGUAAAGAAACUUGUAUGUCAAGUACUAUUUUCGCCUGA